AUGGCUGCUGAAAAAAUAGAGGUUGAUGAGAUGAUUUGCAAAUUGCUGAAUGUUGGAAGUCCUGGAUGUAGUCUUACAAAAACAAUCAAAGAACAAGACAUCAUGAAUCUAUGCACUGCCGCUAAAGAGGUAGAUCCACCAAUUCGAAUUUGCGGCGAUAUUCACGGCCAAUACGCAGGUGACGCUCUUGAACAUCAGGAUAUACUCUUUGAUGACUCAUUAGUUCCUACGUUCAUCGAUUUACUUCGAUUAUUCGAUCGUGGCGGCUUCCCUCCAUUCGUGAAUUAUCUGUUCCUCGGUGAUUAUGUUGACCGUGGUAAACAAAGUCUGGAAUGCAUUUGCCUUCUUCUCUGCUAUAAAGUGAAAUAUUCGGAAAAUUUUUUUAUAUUGCGUGGUAAUCAUGAAUGUAGUGUGAUUAAUAGAGUCUACGGAUUCUUUGAGGAAUGUUCACGUCGUUAUCAAAGCGUUCGACUUUGGCAAGCGUUUCAGGAAGUAUUCAAUACAAUGCCAUUUACUGGUUUAGUUGCUGGUAAAAUUCUAUGUAUGCACGGUGGUUUGUCACCGCAACUUAAAAGUAUUGAUCAAUUAAGACAGAUCACACGUCCUAUCGAUCCACCAAAUCCUUCACUUCAUAUUGAUCUCGUUUGGUUCGCUUUCUGUAUUUACUUCGAUGAUGGAUAUGAAUUCUUCGCAAAUCGUAAACUUGUAACAAUAUUCUCUGCACCUCAUUAUUGCGGUCAAUUUGACAAUGCAGCUGCAAUGAUGAAUGUCGAUGAUUCACUCGUAUGCACUUUUCAGGCUCGUUUCAGCUACUUAUUUAAUUCCUGA